CAAUAAGUAAGCGUCAUGAGCGAAGUGAGUGUCCGGGUGGCGGUCCGUAUCCGGCCCUUGCUCCGCAGAGAAGUGCUCCACAACCACCAGGUGUGUGUGCAGGUUGUGCCGAACACCACGCAGGUGAUGCUUGGCACGCUUGAUUCAAACCGAAUCUUCAGCUUUGACCACGCGUUUGGACCGACAGCUAGCCAGGAUGAGGUUUAUGUGUCCUGCGUCCAGCCACUGGUGGAGGCUUUGCUCGACGGCUACAAUGCAACGGUGUUAUGUUACGGCCAAACUGGCUCAGGCAAGACGUACACACUGGAAGGAGGAAACCUCGGUGAGUCUGCUACUGAUGAUGAGACCGGAGGAAUUAUCUGUCGUGCAGCCCAGGAUGUGUUCUUGUUGCUAAAGGAGAAGAGGAUCACAGAUGAUGGUCUGGAGUCAUCCAUAAGAAUUUCUUAUCUGGAGCUUUACAAAGAAGAGCUACGAGACCUGUUAGAGCUCCAUACCACUAAGAAAGAACUUUUUAUUAGAGAAGAUGACAGAGGAAACACAGUGGUGGUAGGAGCCCAAGAGAUGGCUGUCACCUCAGCCGAGGAGCUACUUCACAUCAUAGAAUCAGGCAAUGCCUUGCGCCACACAAGUGCCACGGAGAUGAAUGAACACUCCAGUCGUUCUCAUCUCAUCCUUACCAUUCAGCUCAUCCAGUGUUGCCUUGACAAAAGCACCUCUUUAAUCACAAACUGUUCUGCCAAACUCUGUUUGGUUGACCUUGCAGGUUCAGAACGCGCUGGGAAAAUGGCCGCUACUGGAACACAGCUAAAAGAGGCAGUGUGUGUUAACACAGGCUUGCUUGCCUUGAAUAAUGUUAUCCGUGCCCUCUCUGACUCACGUCGAACUUGUCGCAUUGGUGCACAUGUACCAUACCGUGAUGCUAAAAUUACCCGCCUGCUCCGUGAUUCUUUGGGAGGUAAUGCCCAUACUGUGAUGAUGGUAUGUGUAAGCCCCUCCCAACACAGUGUUGCUGAGACUCUGAGUGUUUUACAGUAUGCUGCCAGGGCAUGUCGUAUUCAAAACCAUCCCAAAGUAACAUGCUCUCAGACAGAGGCUACGUCAUGUCCGACAACAUGGCAUUCAGGUGAGGCUCAUCUCAGGGAGCUGCUGUUAGAAAUACAGACUCUCCAAGAGCUGCUGAAAGAAAAAGAAAGAGAGUUAGAAAGAGAGAAAAAAUGGAGAGGAGAUGGAGAAAAGGGGGACAGGUUGUUUCACACAGAUCACAACAUCAGCCAAGAUGAAUCAUCGCAAUACCGCCUUUUGGCACAGGAAGCUGCAUUCCUGCUUGAAGAUGUCUGUGGACCCUCUCCAAGUCAGUCUUUCAGGGAGCGACUGCAAGUUUGGAAGGAAAGACUAAUAGCUGUCAAUCACUCACUCAAAACUAACCUUGAUGUUGGGUCAGAGGAAGCGGGAGAGCAUUCCCACCAUGAUGUCAUAUUCCAGCUCCGACAGGAACUCGCAAAAUGCCAGAGAAUUUUGGAACAGAAGGAUGCAGAGCUUAGACAGGUACAAAAAGAAUUACAGGAACAUCUUCAAGAAAGUAAAGCCUUAGAAGAACAAAAGGAACGCACCCGCAUACAGAAUGAACACCUUGUGGACCAGCAGAUUGUGAUUGAUCGUCUUCGCGGCAACCUCAUGACCUUUAGGGGUACAACUUCAGGGGCAAGAGAAGAAGCAUGUGCCUCUGGGAACACAGGCGGGAGACCUCACAGUGUUCCUCUGAUCAGCCACACCUGUGGAUAUGGGCGUACCAGGAAGAUCCACACCAGUCCUCCCACCUUUUCAUUGGAGAGAGUGAUGGCAGCCUUUAAGAUCCGCCAUCAUCUUUUGCUGGCUGAGCUUGAGGAGAAGGAUCAAAUGUACUGUCCAUUCAUAAAACAACAGGAGGAGAGCAAAGACAAAGGUCAAGAAAAGGAAGAAGUGGAAGACACCUUUAAAGUCAAUAUGGGAUUUAGUCGUGCUUUGAACCGCACAUGGACCAUCCGGCAGAUGAACUCACUUCAGAAACAGAACAACACUGGAUUGGACUACACUGCAAUCCCACAAGUCACAGAGUCCAAGGAACACCAUGUUAAGCCGUCCCAUACAUUGAAGGCAGGAGUGAGAGCUAGUGUCACUCAGAAGACUAUCCAGGCAUUGUCAGUCAAUAUGCGCAUGAAGAAAGAGCUCAUCAGUGACCUUAUCGAAACUGAUAAAGAAAUGCAGCCAUUAUUUAGGUGUAGUGGGCCCAGUGAUGGUGGCAGAGAAACUGAUGUGUUGGGAAGGCUGUCUGUGCAAAACCACCAGCUCCGCUCAGAGGUGUUUUGCAGCCUGCAGGACAUGAGACUGCAAAAAGCAAAGUUGCAGACCAGCAUCAGAAAUAAGAGAGAGAUGACUGAAGUGACUCAGCAACUGGUCAAAAGUGAGGAACAAGGAUUGGAUGUUUCGACUACCUGUAAAAGCAAACAUAAGGAUAAUCCAAAUGAAAAGGUGCAGGCCAGCAGCUGGCUGGAGGAAAUGGAGGAACGGGUGCUGCAGCGGAGAACAGAGCUGCACGAGCUGGAGAAAGAGCUGAUGAGGCGAGAGGAGGUGCUGCUGCACAGGGAAGACUGUCUGCAACAAAAAACCAAAUUGGAGGCGAAGAGACUUCGUUCCAGCCAGGCUUUGAGUAAGGACCUCCUACAGGUGUCAGUGCUGUUGGAGUCUUUGGAGAAACAGUUGCAAAUUGGCAGCAGUCCACCUGAGACUGGAGAAGUCGCCUUGGAAGAACUGGAGAAAGAAAGAGACAUACUUAGGAAGAGGAGAAACAAACUGGAUGACCAGCUUAAAGAAAACAGAGUGCUUAGUGUGGAGGAGGAAAAUUCUCUGCUCCAGCUGGAGGAGGCUGUCGAAGCUCUGGGUGCUGCUUUGGAAUUUAAAAACCAGUAUAUCCAGAAAAAACAGAAAAAUCUGUCUGAGUCUUCCUGUCAGUCACCUGCCACUGCUGAUCUCUCUGACAUUGCCAGUAAACUACGAAGGCUGUCGCCACCAGAGGCCUCAGAGCUGCUUGUCAAAUAUUUCAAUAAGGUUGUUUGUCUUCGUGAGGUGCAGUGCAGUUUGCAGUUGCGUUGUGAAGAACUUGAGCUUCAUGUUGAAGAACAAGAGAUAGCGCUGAGGGACAUGGAGACUGCCGUACAGCAUCUGAGUCUGGCUGCAGACCGCAGGCUCACCCAGCAGCAACACGAUCACCAGACCAACAUCCAGCUACUGCUGCAGAAACUUCAAGAUGGUGGCUCAAAAGACACACAGCAGUCUGUCCAAGAAAAACUUCAGCAUCUGGAGAAAGAAUUGUUCUUCUACAGGAGCUCCACUCGUCAACUGAAAAAGCAGCUCAAGCUUCUGAGUGACUGGACGUGCACCGUCGAGCAAACCUCACACACACAGACACACCGUGUGCAGCCACACCACAAUACAGAUUUACCAGGGUCGUGCACUGAACAGACAAAGACACACAUUGCACCGACACAUUCAGUCAUUCUCUAUGAGAACAUGCAAAAAAACACACACAGCGGUCAGGCAAAAAUGAACCAAACAGAUGUUCAAAGCAUGACACACCAAAACUCCUGUCCUUCAUCAUGUGACCUCCAAACACACACAAAGGCACCAUCACACUUCCAGAUGACCACACAUCCACAGUCAGAGGGGAGAACAGACAGUGAGUCUGUCUGUACUGAGGAAGGCUGUGCCGUGACUCUUGUCCGCCUGUGUCGGAGAGACCUCAAAGAGAUCUCUUCAGCCAACCUGCACUUCUGUGAUUCUGCCUCUGGGAGGAGCCAGUCUGUCGUAGCUACCAGCACAGGGUCAAUCUUGGAUGACUCUCUAGAAGUACCCCAAACACAAAGAGGUGAUCCUUGUUCACAUUUAAGUUUUCAGUGAUUUAACAUAGAUGGUAGCACUUACUUACCUCACCGGCAGUGUCUUUAGCAGUUUCCAGCUGUAAGCUGAUAAAACAGAAAAAAUAUUUAUAGAUGUUGAAAAUUCUAAAGGUUUUCAAUUACACAUACCAUAAUUUUUAGUAUGUUAUGAAAUUAGAGCUACAAGAAUAAUAUGGCAAAAAGAUUCUGGGAAUAAAUUGAGGUAUCAGGGUUGUGAUGAUCAGUUUUAAUUUCUUUUUCGCUGGAUUGCAGAAACAUAA